AUGUCUGAUUCUGAAGUCUACUGUCCAAACUAUGCUCCCUUCUUUGGGUUUGCUGGUGUAUUUUGCGCUAUGGCAUUUAGUACUAUUGGUGCUGCUUAUGGUACCUCAAAAGCUGGUAUCGGUAUUGCCGGUAUUGGUUCCUUCAAGCCUGAGUUGGUCAUGAAGUCAUUGAUUCCAGUUGUUAUGAGUGGUAUCAUUGCAGUUUACGGUCUAGUAGUUGCAGUGCUCUUGGCAGGCCAAUUAUCACCUACGAGUGGAUACUCUUUGUUCUCCGGUUUCAUCGCUUUGGCUGCAGGUUUAUCUGUAGGUAUGGGUGGUUUAGCUGCUGGUUAUGCUAUUGGUAUUGUUGGUGAUUAUUGUGUUCGUGGAUAUGUUAGAGAGAGCCGUUUGUUUGUCACUAUGGUUUUGAUUUUGAUUUUCGCUGAGGUUCUUGGUCUUUACGGUUUGAUUGUUGCACUCAUUUUGAACGCCAAAGCAGACAACGGUGCUUGUUCUGCUUAA